AUGACUAUUAACGAUACAAAUAUCUUUUCCAAACAACCCACAUCAACAGCUGAAGUAGUUGUAGGUGUGGGUAAAUCCGCCCCUGGUGAUGAUAAUACUCUUGAUAUCACUAGUAUUGGCGGAUUUUCUGAUCCUGAAUCUCAAACAUCGGUUGGUGAUAGUCAACAUGAAAAUAAUAAUAAUAAUGACGUUAAUCUCAAUCUUGAUCUCGAUCUCGAUCUUGAUGGUGAACAAACUGAUGCCCAUCGUGAUGAAAAUGAUCCAUUACUUGAUUUUAUCGAAGAAAUUCCCUUAUUAAUUAGUGAUCAUGAUGCAUUUAGUGAUGACGAUCUUAUUUCAGUGCAAUCAUCAAUGAAAGCACAAUUCAAACAGAUAAAUAAUAACAAUAACCAACAUCCUAAUCUUCAUAGACCAACAGCUUUGUCAAAAGAAGUUACUGCUACUCCAGAAACUUCUGUUGCAGCCUCCCCAAUUCAUGAAAAAGAAAAGGAAUUCAUCGAAACCAUCCAAAAUCAAAAUCAAAAUCAAAAUCAAAGAAAACAAUUAUCAGCUCCUGCUACUGCUGAAGAAAUCAAAAGGUCUAUUCAAAAUAAUGAAUCUGUAGUAUCAAAGAUUAGUACAGAUUCGUCUACUAGUGUUACCUCCGAAUCCUCAUCCAAAGUAGUAACUAAAGAUGGGUUGACAGCUGAUCAAUUCAAACAAGAAAGAAAUCAAUUAAUGUCUAUCAUCAUCAAAUAUAUCGCUACUAAGAUUAAUAAUUCUUUCCCGCCAGAGGAACCAAAAUUUAAUGAUGAUUCCAAUAAGAAUAAGAAUAAACAAAAUGGUGCCAAUCUUUCAUUAGAUAAAUUCUUAUUAUUGUUAACUUCCCGAUUAAAAUUAAAUUUAAAUGUUUUUAUGAAGGGAGUAAUUUAUUUAUUUAGAUACAUGGAUAUUAUUUACUUAUUAAGAUAUCUUAAUCAAACCAACAACUUUGUCAAUUAUAAUGAUAUGGGAUUCGAGCUUAAAAAGUUAAUUAUUGGUUGCUUUAAGCUUGCAAUUCUUCGUGAAAAAAAAUUAGGUCCUGGUAAAAAUACUGAUCAAUUUAAUUUCAAUUGGUCUAUUAUCACCGGUUUACCCAAUCAUGAAAUCAAUCAAAUUGUCAAGACAAUCAUGAAUAGAAUGAAUGGUAAAUUGAUUAUUAAGAAUAUUGAAUUAGUAAGAUUAAAGUCUGAAAUUUUCAGAUUUGUUAAAAUGGUUGCAACGGAAGUUUAG